CGAGGGGCGGCGCGGGAGACCUGGGCGGCGACCCUGGCGGGCCGCACAGAUGGGAUAGGCGGCAAAGAUGUUCAGCUUCGAAGGGGAUUUCAAGACGCGGCCCAAGGUGUCCCUCGGCAGCGCGAGCCGGAAGGAAGAAAAGGCUUCUCUUUUACAUCGUACUCAGGAAGAAAGAAGGAAAAGAGAGGAAGAAAGACGAAGAUUGAAAAAUGCAAUAAUUAUCCAGUCAUUUAUUCGAGGCUACAGGGACAGAAAACAGCAAUACUCCAUCCAAAGAAGCGCGUUUGACCACUGUGCUGACUCGGCACAGCACGGCGGUACCUUCUCCCUUGACUACGGCCAGAACCUUACCCUCCUGGUAAGGCAGCUUCUGUUUUUUUACAAACAAAGUGAAGACUCUAAACGUUUGAUAUGGCUAUAUCAGAACUUAAUUAAGCACAGCUCUCUCUUUGUUAAGCAGUUGGAUGGAUCAGAGCGACUGACAUGCUUAUUUCAAAUAAAGAGGCUGAUGGGCCUCUGUUGCAGGUUGCUGCAAAGCUGUAAUGAUGACAGUUUGAAUGUUGCACUUCCCAUGCGGAUACUGGAGGUGUUUUCAUCUGAGAAUACCUACUUGCCUGUUUUACAAGAUGCUAGCUAUGUGGUGUCAGUGAUUGAACAGGUUUUGCACUACAUGAUUCACAAUGGCUAUUAUAGGUCUCUCUACUUGUUGAUUAACAGCAAGCUUCCAUCAAGUGUUGAGUAUUCUGAUGUUUCUCGAGUUCCUAUAGCAAAAAUUUUGCUGGAGAAUGUCCUCAAACCAUUGCACUUUACAUACAGCUCCUGUCCAGAAGGUUCCAGGCAGCAAGUUUUUUUAGCCUUCACAGAGGAAUUUCUGGCAGUACCUUUCACCGAUCAGAUUUUUCAUUUUGUCAUUCCGGCAUUGGCUGAUGCCCACGCUGUGUUCCCUUAUGAGCCCUUUCUGAAUGCACUAUUGUUACCGGAGAGUCGAGGUUCAAAGCAGAAUGCACCAUGGCUCUUCUAUUUUGUUCUAACUGUUGGCGAGAACUAUUUGGGUGCCCUCUCCGAGGAUAGCCUACUGCUGUAUCUGCGAGUGCUCCAGACCUUCCUCUCUCAGCUUCCUGCCUCGCCCGCCGGGGCUGGCCGCCCUGAUUCCUCCAGUGACUAGGAGGAGGAGAGUGAGGAGGCUGACCAGCCCACGGGCCCUGAAGAUGGCAGGUUCUCAACCCCGUACAUAACCGAGGAGUGUCUGAGGAAGCUGGACACAAAGCAGCAGACCAAUACCCUGUUGAACCUGGUGUGGAGAGACUCAGCCAGUGAGGAGGUCUUCACCAGGAUGGCGUCCAUCUGCCAAACGCUGAUGGUGCAGCACCGCAUGAUGGUGCCCAGAGUCAGGUCUAUGGUGCCGUUGCUUCAGGUGAUAUCGAGGGGCUCACCCAUGUCUUUUGAAGAUUCUAGCUGGAUCAUCCCGCUCUUUUACCUUUUCAGCUCCUUGUUCAGUCAUUCGCUGAUUUCCACACAUGACAAUGAAUUUUUUGGUGACCCCAUAGAAGUUGUAGGUCAGAGACAAUCAUCCAUGAUGCCUUUCACCCUGGAGGAGCUGGUUGUGCUGUCCCGCUGCCUGCGUGACGCCUGCUUGGGGAUCAUCAAGCUGGCGUAUCCAGAAACAGAGCCAGAAGUGCGAGAGGAGUACGUGACCGCCUUCCAGAGCAUUGGGGUUACUACAAGCUCCGAGAUGCAGCAGUGCAUACAGAUGGAGCAGAAGCGGUGGAUUCAACUUUUCAAGGUUAUCACCAACCUAGUGAAGAUGCUGAAGUCCAGAGACACAAGGAGAAACUUCUGUCCUCCUAACCACUGGCUGUCUGAACAAGAGGAUAUUAAAGCAGACAAGGUCACCCAGCUGUAUGUGCCUGCGUCCAGACACAUGUGGAGGUUCUGGAGAAUGGGGAGGAUCGGCCCACUGCAAUCCACUCUGGAGGUGGGUCUGGAGUCCCCACCACUGUCUGUGUCUGAGGAGCGGCAGCUGGCCAUCCUGACAGAACUGCCCUUCGUAGUUCCAUUUGAAGAGUGAGUGAAGAUCUUUCAGUUGAUUUAUGCAGAUAAGCAAGAGGUUCAAGGAGAUGGUCCAUUUAUGGAUGGAAUUAAUGUCACAAUAAGAAGAAAUUAUAUUUAUGAAGAUGCUUAUGACAAACUUUCUCCAGAAAAUGAACCUGACUUGAAAAAGCGGAUCCGUGUGCACUUGCUCAAUGCCCAUGGCCUGGAUGAAGCUGGCAUCGAUGGCGGCGGCAUUUUCAGAGAGUUUUUAAACGAACUACUGAAGUCGGGAUUUAAUCCCAACCAGGGGUUCUUUAAGACUACUAAUGAAGGGCUUCUGUACCCCAACCCAGCUGCUCAGAUGCUUGUGGGAGAUUCUUUUGCUAGACAUUACUACUUCCUGGGCCGAAUGCUUGGAAAGGCCCUGUAUGAAAACAUGUUGGUGGAGCUGCCCUUCGCAGGCUUUUUCCUGUCCAAGUUGCUGGGAACUAGCGCAGAUGUGGACAUCCACCACCUGGCCUCCCUGGACCCUGAGGUCUACAGGAAUCUGUUGUUCCUCAAGAGCUAUGAGGAGGACGUGGAGGAGCUGGGGCUGAACUUCACCGUGGUGAACAAUGACCUGGGUGAGGCCCAGGUAGUUGAACUGAAGUUUGGAGGGAAAGACAUCCCUGUCACCGGGGCCAACCGCAUCGCCUACAUCCACUUGGUAGCUGACUACCGGCUGAACAAGCAGAUCCGCCCUCACUGUCUGGCUUUUCGACAGGGCCUUGCCAACGUCGUCAGCCUGGAGUGGCUCCGAAUGUUUGACCAGCAAGAGAUUCAGGUACUAAUUUCUGGUGAACAAGUUCCCAUAAGUCUGGAGGACCUAAAGUCCUUUACAAACUACUCAGGGGGCUAUUCUGCAGAUCAUCCUGUCAUUAAAAUCUUCUGUAGAGUUGUAGAAGGGUUCACAGAUGAAGAAAAGCGCAAGUUGCUCAAGUUUGUUACAAGCUGCUCUCGACCCCCUCUCCUGGGGUUCAAGGAGCUGUACCCUGCGUUCUGCAUCCACAAUGGGGGCUCUGACCUCGAGCGGCUCCCCACAGCCAGCACCUGCAUGAACCUGCUGAAGCUCCCUGAGUUUUAUGAUGAGGCCCUGCUGCGAAGCAAGCUGCUCUAUGCCAUCGAGUGUGCUGCUGGCUUUUAAGUGAGCUGA